CGCCUCUGUCAUACUAAUUUUUUUCUUCUCCAGUAAAUCAGGCAGCUUGGUUAGUACCUGCUCAUUUCCCACACCCCCCCGGAUUAUCCUCUGCGUCCCCCAGAUAUAAAGGUGCUUCCUGUCCCCGUUGUUGUUCGACCUUUUUUCUUUCCUCUCCAUCCACAUUCGCUAUUCAAUCUAUCACACUCGUUGUCCUGUACAAUCACCCCAAACACCACCUUUAAUCAUUCAAAAUGAAGUUCGCUUUCGCUGCCCUCGUUGCCGUCGCUGCCGCCGCCUCUGUCGACGACCUUCCUGCUUGCGCCCGCUCUUGCAUCGACAAGGAGGUUCCCAAGUACGGCUGCGGUUCUACUGAUCUCCAGUGCAUCUGCCCUCACUUCAGCGAGAUCCAGCAGGCCGCUGCUCCUUGCGCCAUCACUGCCUGCACCAACCCCGACGACAUCACCAAGGCUAUUACCCUCGCUGGUCAGCUCUGCAAGGACGUUAAGCCUGCUCAGUCCUCUGCCCCCGCUCAGUCUUCUGCUGCUCCCGCUUCUUCCAAGCCUGCUCAGUCUUCUGCUGCCCCCGUCUCUUCUGCUCCCGCUGCCAAGAGCUCUGCUCCCGCUGCUGACUGCACCACCACCGCUGUCAAGCCCACCAACGGCACCACCACUGCCCCCGUCACCGUCCCCACCGCCGGUGCCGCUGGUGUCUCUGUCGGCAUGGCCGCCGUCGUCCUUGCUGCCCUUGCCCUGUAAAUGGGUUCUUUCACGAAUGAUGUGAAUUAGCAGCCCUGCAAGGCUGCAAUGGACAUGCGGGAUAAUGCAACAAUGUGAUAAUGAAUUUGUUGGAUUGGACCAAAAAUGGGUCUUUUCCAGUCUCUGAAAUCUGCUGUAUAGAAGAGCUGGAAUACCCGUGUAAUUAAAUCUUAGAAAAUACCACCAGUUAGCUGGAUUAAUAUUAAUGAUCGCUGACCUUG